AUGGCAACUGCAAUCAGUUCAUUUACACCCUUUGCAUUUAAUCAACAAUCAUAUUAUUAUCCAACAUUACCAUCAACUUUUUCUUUAUCAGCUUUUCCAAAUAAUUUUUAUUUUCCACAACAACACCAAAUGCAGCCACAGCAGCAACAACAACAAUUCACGACACCAGUUCAAUAUGUUGAUUCGGGAAUACAAUCAUUACGUCCUCGUCGACAACCUCGUAUUUAUCGAGAAGUAAUUAGAUUACCAACACCUGAACCAACCUAUCGACAAGUGCGAUAUCGAUUACCAACACCUGAACGACAAGUUAUUCAACGAACAGUUGUUCAAAGAGGAAACGGUGAAGUUGUUGUUCGAGAACAACGACCACAACGCAAACCAAGAAGUCACAGUCGAAUUGAAUAUCGUACACAAAAACGAUCACAUCAUUCACGACAAGUUCACACUGAUUAA